AUGAAGAAGCUGGGAACCCCGCUGUUUCUGCUGCACUGGGUCCUUAUUCCUUUGAUUGCAUGGCCGCUGCGCGGCUCACACGUGAACUUCGCCGCCGCAUUGCACAUCCUGGCCCAUGUCACCGCAUUUCUUGGCAUUGCCGUUUGCAACCAGCUGUUCGCGCUAGUGCGAGUGGCCACAAAAGCCAUGAGCAGCGACGCUUGGAUGGUCAUGGGGAUGUUGCAGGUGUGUUCCUCGUACUUGAUUGGAGUCCAAAAGCAGUCCAGAAAGCGAGCGGGAAGAUUACAAGACUAG